AUGUUUUCGCCCUUAGCGCCAGCAGCAUCAGACAACGGUACACUUUUACAUCGAAAACCCAGGACUCGAACCGUUGCACAGAAAAAAGUCUACGGGAAGAGGAGGAUCAAUGCGCCUUGUGCGGUUCUGGACGAUGGAAGUCCUCUCAAAGGAACGAGUAACAAUGCCAAGCCCAAUAUCACAACGAGCAAGCCAGAUACGGUCGAUGAAGAAGUUGCGGAGGUAGAAGAAAAGCUGGCGGCGAUCAAUAUAGACGAAUCCAAGCCCAAUAGCGAUGAAGGCGAGAAGCAGGAAGUUCGGACAGCGACUCCAGCCAAAGAGCGCCGCCGGAUAUCCAUCAAGAUGGCAAAUAGAUCGCCAAAACAGGAGAAGACGGAAUUGAGAACUCCAGUCAAGAUUCAGCAAGAUGCAGAAACUGACGCGAAGACGAACGUUGAGACAAGAGACAACACCCUGGCAGAGCAGACUUCGUCAAGAAGAGAUCUCAAGAAAAGGUCUCCAAGGAGGAAAAAACCGGCUCCUCGAUUGUCUUCAGGCUGUAUUCAAGAUGAAAAGACCAAUGCAUAUGUUCGCCAGAUUCUCGAUGAGGCGGUGUCACCAAUUGCAUCGCAAGGGGUGCAGAAGUUCAGUUCCUGGGCGGCCCGAUCAGAGAGUGCGUUCGAUGCAGUGAAGAUUGCGGAGGGGUCGUAUGGUGAGGUGUACAAGCUCCGACUUAAGGAGGAUGUAUGCAAGCAUGAGAUGUCAAAGUCCAGGCUCGCGAAACUGCGUUCCUAUGGAGAAGGAGUCUUCAAGAUCGUGCCCCUGAGAGCGCAAACGGGACCUGGGUCGAAGAAAUUCACUCGCGUGGACGAAAUAGUGGCAGAGGUGAAAUUGCUGAAGCUGUUGGAUCCCAUUCCUGGAUUUGCGAGGUUCAGAGAAGUACACGUUGUCCAAGGGCGCUUUCCGGAGUCUUUCCAGAAAGCGUGGAUGACAUACAAACAGACCAAGGAUGACUGCAUGAACCCGAAUCCAGCCAACAAGAGAGCUUAUCCAGACAAUCAACUCUGGGCCAUUCUGGAAAUGGACGACGCAGGAUUCGAGCUCGAGAAGUUCUCCUGGUCCUCCAUUUUCCAAGUGUACGAUAUAUUCUGGGGAGUUGCAAUGGCCUUGGCAAGGGCAGAAGAAUACGCACUUUUCGAGCAUCGAGAUCUUCACAUGGGCAAUAUAUGUCUAAGGUCGACAAGACCGGAUGGCCGUAUGGACCCACCAACCACGAUCGACAUGAAGCAGUUUGAAAAGUCCAGCGGGUUUGGCAUCAGCUCCCUUGAGACCACAAUCAUCGACUACUCGCUGUCGCGCGCGGAAUUCCGACUGAGCGAUGACCCUGAGGCAAAGGUCGAGGUUGCAUCAUCCGAUCUUGACAGCAAGCAGCUUUUUGAUGCUAUUGGCCGAGAUGAGGACGAGAUUCUGUUGAGAGACACAUACAGAUACAUGCGUGGUCAAGUAUAUACCGGCAAUCCGCUAGAUCCAGAAAAACCACCCUCCAUCCCAGGCAUAUGGGCAGAAUACACGCCCAAGACGAAUCUCAUAUGGCUCUUAUUCCUCCUGAAGAACCUCCUGAAACAUAUGAAGACACCAGAAACCAGCAGUACUCACCAGCAGCCCUCGAGACAGCCCCUAGUGCCAUGUCCAAGCAAGGGGAACAUGCAACCAGCUUCAUCGCAUUCACCGACAAAGACCCCCAAGAAAGAAGCAAUCGAAUGUUCCCAUCCGGAGACGAUGAUGGACCCCCAAGCCAAAAGAGCCAUCGCGUCAUUCCAGCAGAAGCUCACCGACCGACUGCACAAGGUCCUGGAGCUUCUGGACCUGGAGCACGGCCGCGAGGACAUGUGCUGUGCAGCAGAUCUGGUCGCCUACGCGAUUGACCAGCACUGGCUAGACGAGAAGGACUUUUUCCUGUCGUGA